AUGGCCAAGAUCUCACUGGAUCUGACUGGAAAUCCAGUUGAUGUGGCAAAACAACUGCUUCCCGUGCCUCCAGAUGGUGGUUAUGGAUGGGUGAUUGUAAUGGCUGCUUUCUUCUCGAAUCUCAUCGUUGACGGGAUUUGCACUUGUUUUACAGAGUUCAAGCAGAGUUACAAAGAUGAAUUUAAGGGCUCAGAUGCUUCGACAGCUCUCAUCGGUUCACUCCUAAUUGGAGUCUACUUAUUUGUUGGUCCCAUCGUUGGUGCAAUGUGCAACAAGUUAGGCGCCCGGAAGACGGUAAUCAUUGGAUCAAUCAUCUCUGGCUGUGCCUUCAUUCUGGCGACUUUCUCUCCAAAUCUCACAAUCUUCAUUACAAUCUAUGGGAUAUUGGGUGGCAUUGGUUUUGGGAUGAUUUAUCUACCAGCCAUCGUUGUGGUUGGGUAUUAUUUUGAGAGCAAAAGAGCCAUAGCUACAGGAAUGGCGGUGGCUGGUUCGGGAGUUGGCACAAUGGUGAUGCCAUUUGUCGCUCGAUACGCUAUACAAUAUUUUGGUUGGAAAGGAGCUGAUUGGGUGUUAGCCGGCUUGAUAUUUAUGUGUAUUUUCUUUGGAUUAUUGUACAAAGAGUUGACGCCACCAGCACUUGAAACGGUCAAUGAUGUUGAAAAGAAAACAAAUGAAAAGGAGCCAAAUGACACAGUUAUCAAUUUGAAUGGUGAAGCGAACAGGGACAAGAUGAUGGAGAGAAUGAGGAAUGCGUUGUCACAAUGCGAAGACGAUGAAAGUGUUUUUGCCGAUUCUUGGGCAAGAGAAGCAAAUGAUGCAGGAAGAAUCGGAAAUGAACUCUCGCAAUGUGAUGAGGAUGAUGAGAUGUCGUUUGCUAAAUCAUGGGCAAAACGCCAAAAGAAAGCAAGCGAAGCUAUUUCGACGGAGAGACGUCCAAGUGGCGCCUUGUCACAAUGUGAUGAGGAUGAAGAGAUGACUUUUGCGCAGUCAUGGGCUAAAGCAAUUGCUGAGCGCAAAAAGCAACCAAACGAUCCACUGGCAAGGGUGAGAAACGAGAUCUCCCAGUGUGAAGAUGGAGAGAAUGGAUUUGCGAAAUCUUGGGCGGGAAUGAGAGCCCGACGAGUCAGCAGUAAUCAACGGCAGAGGAAGGUCACUUUGACAGGUGUCACCGAGGAGCUCACUCAACCGACUGGCGUUCUCGCGAAAAGUCUCAAAGAUUUGCGUGUGAAUUUGACUGGCCUCGAAGCAGAAGAAAUCGCAAAGCCGCUGAACAGACAGGACAUUCUGUACACAGGAUCGAUACGCAGAUUGAGUCAAUACAAGAAAGAAGGAGGUGCUCUCUCGUAUCGUGCAUCGAUCACCACGAUUCCACGAAAGAUUCUUGAUGAGAUUCCUUUGGUUGAAGAGAAGAGCAAGUGUAAAUUGUUCGGCUUGAGGACCAUUUUCGGUGAGAUGAUCGACUUGGAGUUGAUGAAGGACCCAACAAUGAUUCUUCUCUGCAUAUCAAAUCUCCUCGCGAACCUUGGGUAUUUCACUCCAUAUGUGUUUCUUAAAGAUUUGGCUUUAUCAAAGGGAAUUCCUGAGAGUGACACCAUGUACUUUGUGCCGGUGAUUGGGGUGGCGAAUACGAUUGGAAGAAUCCUUUCUGGGUGGUUCGCUGACCGUCAAUUCGUCUCCUCUCUCAACAUCAACAACUUUUCCCUUGUCGCUUGUGGAGUUCUCUGUCUUGGUGCUCCUUUCUGUACCACUUACAUGAGUCUCAUGAUCUAUGGAGCACUCUUUGGGUUCAUUAUUUCCGCUUAUGCCUGUCUAACGUCGAUCGUAUUGGCCGAUCUGUUGGGCAUCGAAAAGUUGACAAAUUCGUUUGGUCUUCUCGUUUUGUACAGAGGAGUCGCUUGUCUUUUGGGAACACCUCUAUCUGGCUUGGCUUACGAUGUAACAAGAUCUUAUGACAUGUGUUUCUAUCUGGGUGGAGGGGUGAUUCUCGUUUCCGGCUUGAUCUCGUGCCUCAUUCCACUUGUUCACCGGUGUGUUCGAUCGGAAGAAGAAAAGAGUGAAGAAGAAAUUAAAGAA